AUGUCUUCUUUUUUGGUAGCAAAAAAUGAUAAUAUUCCAGAAUUACCUUCAAUUUAUGAUUCAGAUAUCUCAAUUGAUAAGUUCAAAGAUGCUCCACAUCAAAAAACUCAAACGCCAGUCUAUGGUACAACUUGGGUAGCCUGGUUACAAGUAAUUAGUAUUAUGCUUAUUAAUUGUGCCUGUGCCUUAAUGUGGAUGACAGGUGCAUCUUCUCCCACGUCCAUGUCUGCUUGGCUCCAGGUCGAUUUUACACUACUCAAUUGGUUAUCAAACGUAGCUGCCAUUGUUAAUACUGUUUUUUCUCUAAUCACUCUAUGGUCUUAUGAACGAUUUAGUCUCAAAAAGAAUAUUAUGUUUGCAAGUAUCACUAACUUAAUAGGUUGCUGGAUCCGUUGUUUGGCGAUCAUUGUUCCUAAACAUAAUAGAUAUAUUGUCAUGAUAAUUGGGCAAGUCAUUGCUAGUAUAGGCGGCCCUUUUAUUUAUAACAUCGCAGCAAAGUUCGCUUCACUAUGGUUUGCACCUAAACAUAGAGGAUUGGCCAAUACAUUAACAACUUUAUCGUUAGGCAUGAUACUUUCCCCUCUCAUGAUGCCCAAACUCUCUAAUACCCCUGAAGAUGUCCCUCAAACAUUACUCAUUGUUGCCAUCAUUUCUACUGGAGUCGCUAUUCCUUCUUUCUUCUUGCCUAGCCUACCGAGAAUUCCCUGUUCACCAUCUGCUAAUCAAGGCCGUCUACAGGUUUGGAUAGGUAUUAAAACACUUUUCGUCAACACAUCCUUUUGGAUUUGUGCCUUUUUAUGCGCUAUUAAUGCCGGUAUGGCCUUCUCUAUGUCUACAUUCAUUAUGGAAGCUAUCAUCCCAUUUGGUUAUACAGAUCAUGAAUCAGGUUACUGUGCGGCAUCUAUUACUUUGGCCGGGUUUUUGGGUGGCCUCUUCUCAGGUUAUUGGGCAGGUAAAACAGGGCAACAUCUAUUACUUAUUAAAGUAUUUACACCGCUCAUGGCAUUUACAUAUAUUAUGUUUAUCUUUGAAAUAAUUCCAAAUGCAUUCAGUAUAAUCUUGAUGGUUUGUAUUCUUUCUGGAUUUUUCUCGUAUGCCCUGUUUCCAUUGCAUGUCGAAUUUGCUUGUGAAAUUUCAUAUCCUGUUCCUGAAUCUAUAUCCUCUUCACUUUUAUGGGCUAUUUCAUCCUUAUCGAUGCUUAUCUUUUGUGUCAUCAUUGAUUCAUUUCGUGCAGGUCCAGAAGCAAAUCCGCCUAAUAAUAUGAAAACAUCCAUGAUAAUUGUUGCUGUCAUCGUUUGUGUUGGUUCAUUACCAACUGUUUUGCUUAAAGGUGACUUAAAACGACUUGCAUUUGAUAUCGAAGGUCAACAAGAUGAAAAAAAAUAA